AUGCUUGAAACUCAAAUCUCACAACUUGCUAUCAAUCUUCAAGGUAGACCUCAAGGGGGAUUGCCAUCCACUACGGAGAAUAACCCUAGAGAACAUGUUAAAGCGGAAUGUGAGGAAGUGGUUAUCGAGGUUGAAGAGCCUUAUGUGAGGCCGCCACCGCCGCCACUCUUGACGGAUGCACUCCGAGAGAUGCCGCAAUAUGCCAAGUUCUUGAAGAACAUCAUUACCAACAAACGGAGUUGGGAUAAUGGUGCAACGGUUCCCAUUCCGGAAGUGUGUAGCUCAAUCAUCUUGAAUGAUCUACCGGCUAAGUUGAAGGACCCAUGGAGUUUUUCUAUACCUUGCACUAUAGGAAAUAUGAGUUCUAUAAAUUGCCUAUUUGAUCUUGGUGCUAGUAUUAAUCUUAUGCCUUUACCUCUUUUCAGGACACUAUGUGGAGACCAAACUGUGAAAAGCACCUCGAUGGUACUCCAACUAGCGGAUCAUUCGUUGAAAAGGCCGUUUGGGAUUGUUGAGGAUGUGCUUGUCAAGGUAGAUAAGUUCAUCUUUCCGGUUGAUUUUGUUAUAUUGGACUAUGCGGUAGACAAGAAGUGCCCAAUGAUCUUGGGGCGACCCUUUAUGAACACCGGAAGGGCUUUGAUUGAUGUGCAUGGUGGGAAGUUGACCUUGAGAAUUGAUGAAGAAAUGGUCGAGUUUGAUAUGAAGAAAGUUAUGAGGGUACCAUCGAGGAGGAAGAGUGUAUGA